AUACACACUGCAGGAGCAGACCUUCCUGUACUGGGAGGGUAACUGGACGUAGAGGUCUGAGGUGACUACCCUGCGUAUCUUAUCCGUAUUUUUUGUUAAACUCUACUGUCGGUUAGGGGCCCGUAAGUAAGUAUUUCACUGUAAGGUCUACACUUGUUGUACUCGGCGCAUGAGACUAAUACAAUUUGAUUUGAUUUGACUGGAGUAAACAGGGUGUACAGCGUCUAAAGAGACUUGAACUACCUGGGAGCCACAAGUCAUCAUGGUUAACCUGCUGGUCCUCACACUGAAGGUUGUCCUCCUCUUAGCUGCUGUGUGGAGUGUGUGUUCAGCAGAGUUGAUCACAGUGGAAGGAUGUGAGGGGGGCAAGGCAGAGAUCAGAUGUCCUUAUAAAGAGGAGUGGAGGAGCCACCAGAAGUACCCCUGUAAAGGGGAUUGUUCUGUUUUUAAUAAAGACAAAGUUAUUAAGACUGAGGCAGGGGAAAACAGUGCUUCUAACGGGAGAUACUCGCUGAAGGACAACAGAGAGGAAAGUGUCUUCAUUGUGACAAUCACCAACCUGACGUUAAAUGAUGCUGGGAGAUACUGGUGUGGAGUGGACAAAUGGGGACAAGAUAACUACAUUAAAGUGAACCUUGAAGUCUCUGAAGCAGCACCAACAAUCACCACCAAAACAGAACCUACUACAAUCGCAUCAAACCCUGGUUCACCAACUUCAUCAUCCUUAGACAUCUCACCACCAUCAUCCAUCUCAUCAACACACAAUGGAUCUGCUGUCGUCUCUGCAUCGACGGUGAACACUGGGAUCAACAGAGAGGGUUGUGAUGGUGUCUAUGAGGAAAUAAAUGACCAACCACUACAUUCCAACAUCUACGCCAACUUACCCACGUGCCCCUCUGAAUCUCAACUUCCACAAGGACCCCAGCUGCCCCAAUGAAGCCAGUGCUGUCAUUUAUGAGGGCACUUCUUCUGGUGACACUGCCACUGUCAACGUUGGUCUCAACCCUGCCUACUCCUCCCAUCUACUCCACAGUCAGCAAACCCAGAAACACCUGAGUCACUGUCAACCAAUCAGAAGGGACAUACACACACUGGCAACCAAUCACAGAGACCUGUUAUUAACUAUGUGUGCCACCUCUUGAGCGUUGAGAUUUAAUUUGAGCAAACAUCUGCAUAAUCUGCUUCAUGUCCUCAAAAUCAGAUGUGCUACUUUGACUUCUGUCUUUCAUGUCUCUGCUCACCUUGUCUUAAUGUUUAGCUCACUUAGGCCUAAUUUGCAUGUUAAUAUCUAAGUAAAUAUUGGCUCACUAUAUGCAUUAUAACUGUCUAAUGGUUUUUAACACAUAAUUAAAUAUACAUAAUUAAGGGAUAAUCAAUGAAGGACUAUGCUUUCUGUGGAAAAUAAUGCACGAUUUGGAAGUUGUGGCACUAACCUUCCACGGCGUUGCAUUAUUUACCAGGAAACGCAUAGAGCCCUGAGUUGACUAUUCCGCUUAUACCACAGCUAUAACACUUUCUGCUAGAAAUGAAAAAGUAGCUCGCUGGCAAGUUUCCUAGAUGGAUACAGUAGUUACCUAACCAAACAGACUUGCUAGAGUAGAUUAGCUAAGCAAACCAUCAGUCCUAGCUUGCUAUUAAUGAAAAUCAAUAUUGCCAAUUAUGUUUUCAAUUUGACUUUUUGCUUUCCAAAGCAGGUUAGACCCCUGGUAGUGUCAACUAGGUAAUAGUCUCCAACCAUGGUCUCCAUUCCCCCCCCCCCACCAUGUGCCCACUAUGCCCAACAUUUAAUAGUUAUUGACUCGAUACCGGUACCCCCUGUAUAUAGCCUCGUUAUUUUUUUCUUUUACUAUUUUUACUUUAGUUUA